AUGGCCGUUGAUGUGUAUGUUGAGGAGAAGGAAGAGAGUGAAGAUAAGGAAGAGGUUGAAGAGGUUGAAGAGGUUGAAGAGGUUGAAGAGGGGAAGGAGAAGGAAGAAGUUGAAGGGACGGGGGAGGAUGGAGAUGGCCUAAGCAAAGCAUAUUUUCCUAUCAUCCAUCGCAACACAUAUUUCCCCUUUUCGAUAUACACCAACAGCCCUGAAAAUGGAUCUUUCGAUUGGGAAGACCAUAUCUGCCGAGUCGCCUUCAGUGGCCUAUACGGAGCUGAAAACGGUGACCACAGAUUGACAAGCACUAUACUUGGUCGCCAGCAUGAACGGAAUGCUAUUCUUGAUGUCAUGGACAUGCCCUAUGAUUUUUCACAAUAUGAUACUUUGGGCACGUCCGAGACAAUUCUUGACGAAUGGUUUGAAGGUACUGGUUUCUAUUUCCUGCGUGGUGUGCACACGAUGCUCCACAGCCACAGCAUGGCUUUACUGGUCAUUUGUGAUGGCCCUGAAUAUUAUGAUGCUUACAUGAUCGUCCUUCUUAACCGUGGCGAAAUGUCUAGGGAGGACGCGAUACAACUCUUUACAGCAAGUGCUGUCCAUUUCAUGGAAUAUUUGCCUGAUACCCGCGAGUACGAAAUUUCAUCUGCCUACGGGGUUGUCCUUUGCGAGACUGAAUGUUGCAUUUUCUAUCUUCGAAUUCCUGAUGGAAGCAAUAUCGGCUUGCAUACAACGCCUGUGGAUCUUCAUGUUACAGUUGGCAAUGGAGGAAGUACUUUCCUCAAUUUUGCGUGUGGUUUUACUAUGAUUUGGAAUAUGCAGCAUGUUAUUCUUGGCGAUUCAUCAUUACUAAGUUCAAGUUCCCUUGCACAAACUGAGGAUUUUGAGAACUCAAGUUUUGGUAGUGAUACUUCCUCCAGUACUAAUGAUUUUGCUCUAUGA